AUGCCCUCGCUCCUCGCGCUCGUGCUAUCGCUGUUCCUCCUGGGAACCGAGGGCCUCGCCACGCCGCCGCCGUACCCCCUGAGCAGGAGGCGCGAACCUGGGCCCUGCGACCCGGACGCCUGCUACGAGGUCAUCGACGCCAGCGCGUGCUGGAACGCCGUCAUCAUGGGGGCCGUCUCGGACCCCACGGUUAUUUAUAACUGCACGGCCGGGGGCAAGGCCGAGGUGCGUCGCGGUUCCUAUCAUGUCCCUGUCGCGCAUUUUCUUGGUUGGUCGGGCGGUAGUCACGACUUGUGGUGGCGUGGCGUGCGGUGUGCUGGGUAG